AUGUCGAAAGCAUCAUGUAUAGUAAGAAUGAUAAUGGUGGGAAUGAUGAUAACAGUGACAAGAGCACAUUAUGCAAUAAACUAUAAAGAAGCAUUAGGAAAGAGCAUUUUAUUCUUCGAAGGUCAGAGGUCUGGCAAGUUGCCACAUUCUCAACGCAUGAAAUGGCGCAAAGAUUCUGCACUUUCUGAUGGCUCGGACAUUCGUAUGAACAUGGUGGGUGGAUAUUAUGAUGCCGGCGACAAUGUAAAAUUCCAUUUUCCAAUGGCAUUCACGACGACUAUGCUAGCUUGGAGUGUGGUAGAAUUUGGAGAUCUGAUGGGUUCAGAGCUGAAGAAUGCGUUGGAUGCAAUCAGGUGGGGAACCGAUUAUUUAAUGAAAGCCACGAACAUUCCUAAUAUGGUUGUGGCACAAGUGGGCCAACCAUACGCCGACCAUGCCUGUUGGGAGAGACCAGAAGACAUGGACACUCCUCGAACCUCGUACUAUCUCACUAAAGAGAAGCCUGGUUCAGAACUGUCUGCUGAGAUUGCGGCUGCACUUGCCGCAUCUUCGAUCGCAUUUAGGACAACCCAUGCUUCCUAUUCCAACAUUCUUCUCAAAAGAGCCAUUCGGGUAUUAUUAUUAUUAUUAUGA